AUGAAUUUAAUCGAGUUUUUCAUUUCGUGCCAAAUAUUCAAAGAGAUCUUAGAAUGCGUUCAAUAUCUACACGAAUUGAAUCCACCGGUCAUUCAUCGAGACCUCAAACCCGACAAUAUUUUGUUGGCCACACCGAAGUCAAGUGAGCCGGGUCGGUGUUUUAAAUUGUGCGACUUUGGCCUGGCUGCUGUUCACGACAUUGCCGGCGCUAAACAUACCGGCGCUGUCGGCACCUUAAGAUAUAUGGCACCGGAAGUUAAAUUAGCUAGCAAAUAUAGUAACAUGGCCGAUAUUUAUAGCGUGGGAAUUGUAGCGUACGAUAUAUUUGGCUGGGGUGUUGGCAAGUAUCCUUUUACUCGUAUAAUGUAUGCCAUCAAAGUUGCGGUGAUUUUCAUCGCAAUUCAAGGCGUGUUUCUGACCGGAGAUGACGUUCACGUAAUCGACAGUAAUAUCGACUCAAAGCAGGAGUUGUUUGUCGUCUCAAAAGUGUUGGACUUUUUGGCGAAAGGGACGACACCUCACAAUAUGGUGAAAGGGAUGGUCGACCUCAUGGACAGUCAGUACGAGUCGGGUUGGAUCGGCAACAUUAGGGUCGUCGCCAAAAAUGAUGAUUACGAGCUGUAUAUGAAUUAUAAAAUACAUUCAUUUAUUAUCGUUGAAUACAAGGGAACACAGUUAGCACUCUAUAAGACUAAGCCUAUCGCCGAUAUGAAAACUAUCACAUUGAGCAAUAUUGAGCUAGCACGUAAUGCCACGCCAACGAUUGUCGAAAAGGUUGAUGAUAAGUACGGAAACUAUGGCUACGACUACAUAACCCAACAUUUUAGCGAAUUAAUUACGCCAGAAAAAUUGAGCAAGUGCACAGCUAAAAUGGCAACUAGAACAGACACCGAAAAUCCGUGCUACCAACAAAUUGCCAUGGACAUUCACUCCUGGCUGAAUGGCUAUUGCGCGGCAGUCGUGGGCGAACACGAUGGCCAUGCUACUUGGGGCCAGGGCUAUCGUACCCCAUUUUAUCGAUUUAUGAUCAGGAAUUAA